AUGGAGAACAGUACAUUGGCCCUUUACUGUACUCUACUGAUAUUAAUUGUAAUUACAAUAAGAGCCUAUUUCAAAUCCAAAUUUCAAUACUGGAAGCAGAAUGGCGCCCCAUACUUAGAACUUCGCAUUCCCUUUGGAACAAUAGAUAAUCCCCUAUUCGAGACGAAAUCCGUGCCAGAAAUCCUGCAAAAGCAGUACAUGGAAAGCAAAAGUAAAGGGUACAAAUACUUGGGGAUCUACGCUUUUACGUCCCCGCAGUUACUCAUAUUCGAUCCUGAAAUAAUCAAGUGCGUCCUUUCGAAAGGUUUCAGUCACUUUAUGGAACGUGGAAUAUUUAGCGACGAAGAGGAACUCCUGACUAUGCAUUUAUUCUCUUUGCGUGCGUCCAAAUGGAGAAAACUGCGACCGAAACUAACACCUACCUUCACUUCGGGGAAAAUGAAGAUGAUGUUUAACACCGUCAAGGCAUGCGGUUAUCAAUUGGAGAAACACAUGGGAGACAUCUGCGCGAAAGGCCCUGUCGACAUAAAACAACUUUUGGAAUAUUACACCGCAUUUGGAAUAGACUGA